AUGGUCAGCCUUUCGGAGAAGAUGCUGCUGCUUCUGUUCUUCUUGGCCAAUCUCCUACCCUCCAGGCCUGAAGGAGCCACUCAACUCUACCAGGACAGAUAUCCAAAACCUAGAGGAGCCAUCAGAGCCACCAGGCAGUGCCAGUCCUCUGUUGUCCAUGAACACAGAGAUCCAUGGCAAUUUUCCCUUUCAGGGAAGAUCAUAUGGGGCAGAGAGCCCAGACCACACUCCCGGCCCUACAUGGCAUCUGUACUUUCCUACAAAGGCAAAGAAGUCUGCAUUAGAUGUGGUGGGUUCCUGGUGCGAGACAACUUUGUGCUUACAGCAGCUCACUGCAAUGGAAGAAAAAUAAGUGUCAUCCUCGGGGCUCACAAUAUCAGACAAGUGGAAAAGAGCCAGCAGGUCAUUCCUGUGCUCAAAACCUUCCCUCACAAGGGUUAUAAUGAUUAUUCAAAGGUCAACGACAUCAUGCUACUGAAGCUGCAAAACAAGGCUCAACUCAACUGGGCUGUGAAGACCAUCGCCCUGCCGCACAGCUGGGACUGGGUGAAGCCGGGGAUGGUGUGCAGUGUGGCAGGCUGGGGACAACUGGCAAAUGGUGAAAAGGCAAACACACUCCAGGAGGUGGAUCUAGAAGUGCAGAAUGAGCAGAAGUGCAAGGACCUCUUCAAAAACUACCACAACUCCAUUCAGCUGUGUGUGGGGAACCCUAAGUACAAGAAGGCCACCUCAAGUGGGGACUCCGGGGGCCCCUUCGUUUGUAACAAUGUGGCCCAGGGCAUUGUCUCCUAUGCACACCCCAGUGGGGAGCCCCCACGUGUCUUCACCAGGAUCUCAAGCUUUCUGCCCUGGAUAAAAAGCACAAUACUUCAUGCAGCAGCGACCAGACUCAGGUCACCCAGGAUUGAUCCAUACAACUUCUCUGGGGCAGAGGCCAGAACUGCCUGGGAAGAGCCAGGUGGAGGGGAGAUGGCCAGGGACUAA